AUGACGGGAAAGAGAAAGAGAAACGAGAUGCCUGAGGGAAAGCUACAAGCCAAAGCACCUCUAACUGGCGCACCAAAGCCAAUGAGCGCCAUUGCAGCCGCAAGAUUAAAAGCCGAGAAAGCAGCGGCUCCAAUUUCUGCUACGGAUGGCCUACAAGAGCCACCACCCAGUCCACUUGCUGGGUCCACAGCAUCCGAAGCUGCAGAAUCAGAUUCAGAAGACAACUGUCUUAUUCCGCAAAACUUCAAGCUUAGCACGUGGCGCAAGACUAAGACCAACGUUCUCUCUGAUAGUCCCCGGGAACUAACUAUUGUACUGGACAAACAUUCUACCGCUUCUUUCGUUGGUCACUUCGACGUCAAGGUUCUAAAAGGGGCGGUAAACAUCAUUGGCGCUAAUCUGGGUGCCAAGUCGAUAGGAAGCCAAGAGAGGGAAAGAGAGUACCGUAUUUUCGCGUGUUCUACAAACCCAAUCAUGAAGAUCAGGGGUUUAGAUCGCACAAACCAUGUGCAGCUUCGGAGUUGUCUGGAGCCAACGCCAUUUGCAGAUAUCAAUCCGCUCUUCGCCAAUAUCUGGGGCGGGAAUGCAGAGAAUGAUAAUGGUAGAUCUUUCACUGGAGUUACAGAAUCCGAUGAUGAUCCCCUCAAACGGCCUCUUGUUCCAGAACUCGCACCAGAAGACUGGCUUCGCACAAUAGACGACAUCUCCACCGCCGCAUCUGCCACCUUCAUUGUCGGUAGCUCAACGUCUGGCAAGUCGACAUUCGCCAAAAGGUUGCUGAACCGCUAUGUCACCGGCUUUGGCAAGACAGCCAGGCCCAUCCCCGCCGUCUGCUACCUGGAUCUUGACCCCAGCUCCCCUGAGUAUACGCCCCAUGGCCAGAUCUCUUUGACCAUCGUAAGAGAGCUUAAUUUGGGGCCUGCUUUUACCCAUCCCGCUGCUAUCAUUAAUCGUUCGAACGGCAACGAGACGAUAGCAGCGCACGCAAUUCCUCAUCAAGACCUCACCAAUCAUGAAGCCUACUUCACCACCUGCGCCGAACACCUCUUCCAGACGUACCAGAACCUACGCUUUGAUGGUCCAAAACUCCCUUUGAUCAUAAAUACGCCUGGAUCACUCUACAGAUCACACUUUCCCCUCAUCCAAAGACUCCUCACGAGUACGAAACCAGACCAUAUGGUACAUUUCGGUGACAAUAAAUCCAUUGACGAAGACACCGCCGCAAAGCUACACUCCUUGCAACUUCACUCACGGAAAAUCCACUCCAAGCUGCACGAGCUAGCCGCACAGUUUCCUCCGAUUCCUCCCGUGCGAAGCGCCACGGAGUUCAGGGCAAUGCAAAUGGCAACCUAUUUUCACCUCACGAGCUUCUCGACAACCUACAAUCACCCGAUAUAUGCCUCCACCCCUCUCUCAACCCUUGCCCCAUGGACAUUCAGCUACAGAGACACCCCCUCACGCGUACAGGACUUCCUAGCCGUCCUACCCCUAUUCGACCGAGAAAUACCUCCCUCUACACUCCUCAAUGCUUUAAACGGGUCCAUCAUACAUAUCGUAACCACCACUUCUCCUCCCACCUACUCUACCCCUCUUCGAACCUCAAAAUCACAAAUCCCGUAUUUCGCGCUGCAUAGAGAGACACACCUUCCACCCACCAUGUCCCCAACGACAACCAGAUCAGUCUGCACAGCGUUAGUUCGUGGGAUAGACCCCACGACGCACACAUUCCACCUGCUUAUCCCUCCCCCUUUCGAAUCACUCCUGGGCGCACUCGAACCGGAGAAGACGAUGCUGAUAGCAGGAUGCGCAGAUACGCCUGAGUGGAGCUACACAGAAGAUGCGUAUGCACAAGUUUCGCGGCGACGAAGGGACCUAGGGGAUAGAGCGAGGUUUGCUAGUGACGAGCGGCUGCUGGAGGGCGUGGAGAAGGGACCGUGGGUCAUGGAAGGGAAGGUGCUGGAGGGGAUGGGGUAUGCGGGUGCGGUGCGGCGGGUUCGUCGGUUUCUUGGGUAG